GCCGGUCUGUGUCUUACCUUUGGCUUCGCCUCGCCUCAGGCCGCGCUUGACGAGGAGCUCCCGCGAGGAGGGGGGGUCUGCUGCCCCGGAGCAGCUCGGACCGCGCCGCGCCGGGAGGUGCUGUUUCCCGCCCAGAUAAGCCGCUGCUGAAGCCUUGCAUCAGAAUCUUUUUUUCCUGAUAGUCCUUGUAAAGAAGAAUGUCGUUGUUUAAAGCUAGAGACUGGUGGUCCACCAUACUUGGAGAAAAGGAAGAAUUUGACCAAGGCUGUAUGUGUGUUGCUGAUGUUGAUAAUAGUGGCAGUGGACAAGAUAAAAUUAUUGUGGGCAGUUAUAUGGGAUAUCUCCGAAUCUUUAAUCCACAUCCUGUGAAACCUGGAGAUGGAAUACAACCUCAAGACUUGCUCUUGGAAGUGCAGUUACGAGAACCAAUAUUGCAGGUGGAAGUGGGAAAAUUUGUUUCUGGUACUGAAGGACUUCAUCUGGCUGUGUUGCAUUGCCGAAAACUCUGUGUAUAUGCUGUUUCAGGAACUCUGGGAAGUGUGGAACAUGGGAACCAGUAUCAGAUUAAAUUGAUGUAUGAGCACAAUCUUCAGAGAAUGGCUUGUAAUAUGACUUAUGGUCCAUUUGGUGGUGUAAAAGGUCGAGAUUUGAUAUGCAUACAGUCCAUGGAUGGGAUGCUCAUGUUGUUUGAACAGGAAAGCUAUGCUUUUGGCCGUUUUUUACCUGGUUUUCUUCUGCCUGGUCCCUUGACGUACAGCUCUCGGACAGAUUCUUUCAUUACAGUGUCUUCUUGUCAACAGGUUGAGAGUUACAAAUACCAAGUGCUGGCAUUUGCGACAGAUGCUGAUGAAAGACAAGAAACAGAACAGCAAAAACUUAGUUCUGGAAAAAGACUUGCGGUGGAUUGGGUUUUAAAUAUCGGAGAGCAAGCACUGGAUAUAUGCGUUGUCUCCUUUAAUCAGGCAGUUUCUUCUGUUUUCGUGCUUGGUGAGAGAAACUUCUUUUGCCUUAAGGAUAAUGGGCAAAUUCGAUUCAUGAAAAAGCUUGAUUACAGUCCGAGUUGCUUCAUUCCUUAUUGUUCAGUGAAAGAAGGAACAAUAAACACUCUAAUUGGAAACCAUAGUAAAAUGUUGAAUGUUUAUCAAGAUGUUACACUGAAAUGGGCCACACAACUUCCCCACAUUCCUGUAUCGGUAAAAGUAGCGAAUUUACAAGACUUGAAGGGUGUUAUAGUCACUCUGAGUGACAAUGGGCAUCUUCAGUGUUCCUACCUUGGAACUGAUCCUUCACUCUUCCAGGCUCCUCGGGUUGAUUCUAGGGAAAUAAACUAUGAAGAAUUCGAUGCUGAAAUGAAAGAGCUUCAGAAAAUCAUCAAGGAGGCCACAAAAACACAAGAUAUUUUGCCCAAAUCUGAUAAACACAGAGAUCUAAUUGUCACAGCAGAAGUUUCGCCCAAUUUGGAUGCAGAAUCUCAAGCCAUUGACAGUGAGGUAAAAGCAGAGACAGUACCAUCAGUCACAGUAAAGAUAACAAUACAGAGCAGAGUGACUGCGCAGAAACCAAACCUGGCAGUAUGUGUACAAGCUCCAUUAGCAGUGACCUGUGACCAGUUCGUCUUUGAUGAUUUAGAACCAGAUUCAUCUGAAACGGUGGUCCUGUCUGUCUUUUUGAAGGGGAAUUGUUCUCCAUCAGAACUAGAAGGAAAUUGUGUGUUUUCGUAUAAUACACCAACAGAGCUCAAUCCUGAAGGAAUACCAAAAGUUGCACAGUGUAACUUCAGGCUGCCUUUGCAGUUAAUUUGCUUUCCAGCUCAACCUUCAAAAGCAGCAAACCACAAGCUAACUAUUGAUACCAAUAAACCUCCCGUCAGUUUUCUCACCAUUUUUCCAGACUUUGUUGAUCCGUGUGAGGAUGGCCAGGCAAAUGUUCUGGGAUUUCAGUUUUUAACUGGUUCAAAAACCACUGUUCUUGCUUCAAAAACAUCACAACGAUACAGGAUCCAGAGUGAUCAGUUAGAAGACCUUUGGCUGAUAACAAAAGAGCUCACGCUUCGACUCGAAGAACAUUUCAAGAAGCAAAACUGCAAAGAUUUUGCAUGUACCUUUUCUGGUUCAAUUCCCCUGCAAGAAUAUUUUGAACUAAUUGAUCAACAUUUUGAGCUACGUUUGAAUGCUGAAAAAUUUCAGGAGCUGUUAUCUGAAAGGGCUGUACAGUUUCGAGCUAUUGAGCGGCGAUUGCUGACAAGAUUCAAAGACAAAACUCCUGCUCCUCUUCAACAUCUGGACACCUUGCUAGAAGGAACAUUCAGAGAGGUAAUAGCUCUAGCAGAUGCAGCAGAAGAAAAUCAAGCCAACAUGUUCCAGGCAUUCACAAAGUUGAAAAGUGCCACCCAUCUGGUGAUUAUGCUGAUUAGUCUGUGGCAGAAGCUCAGCACUGAUCAAGUUGCUAUUCUGGAAGCUACGUUUUUGCCAUUAGCGGAAGAUACGCAAGAGCUGGGUUGGGAAGAAACUGUGGAUGCUGCCAUUUCUUACUUGUUAAGGACUUGUUUGUCAAAGAGCUCUAAGGAACAGGCCCUGACUCUCAGCAGCCAGUUGUGCAUGCCCAAAGAUACUAGCAGACUGAAGAAGAACAUCACCCUCUUCUGUGAUAGGUUGGCCAAAGGUGGUCGCCUUUCCUUAAGUACAGACUCAGCCACUCAGGCAGCUGCUGUCAUGCCAGGUGGCUGUACUACAAUCCCAGAGUCUGAUUUAGAGGAAAGAACAGUUAUACCAGGCUCCACAGCAACGUUUCCCAAUCACGGGCAGACUGCAAAGCAGAAAUCCAAGACUGGUUUGUCUGAGGAUGCAGCAGAGGAAGCAGAAAAGCCAUGAAUUCUGAAGACGACCCUCAGGAGGAAUUUCUAUCUGAUGUCAAAUGCAUUUAUAAUGCAGCAGUACCAAUCCAUUUUACUCUGUACUGAAUGCAGCUUCCAGAAGGAGAGGACUGUGCUAAUUUAUACAAAAAAGUUCCGUUCUAAUAAUUUUGGUUGGGUCUCCCUGCCAACUACUAGCAUCCUUUCUGUGAGCAAAGUUUAAGCACUUACCCAACUGUGGUAGGGGUGUUGUGUUACGUUUUGCGAUUUAUCAGCCCUUCCUAAGGAUUCAGUUGAUUGAUCAAAGACUGUUUACACAUAGUUAAAAGCAACCUUUGUUUCAGGAUAUGUUUUAUCUUUUUUUUUUUUAAGAUAUUCUGAACUGUACCUCCCUUUGAGAUUAUAUUAACAUUUGUUAUAUCACAAUUUUGACAAAAAAUAACUAUCUCAUUUCCUUCUGUACUAACAGUCAUGAUUCCAGACAACUGAAUUCACCACCAGAAGAAAAACUGGUAAUCCAUCAACUUUUUUUUCCCCUCUCUCAUUGCUUGUAUGGACUCCUGCUCUCUAGAGAUAUAGAGUAAAAUAUGGUUACUGGACAUAAAGGGCAAACCCUUUUGCCAUUAACUAUGUCACUAUGAAUGUGAAUAAAGUUUACACUGUAAGUACC